ACGACGGCCGACCUGCGUAGGCGCCUCGAACUAUGCACGCAGUCAGUCAUUCAGCAUUGCACCUCGCGGCCACAUUGUCCGACGGCCCGAGACUAUCGCACAAAAACUGUGUGCAUCUGAUAGAAACGAUCUGUGAUAUAGUGUUAAGUUACAUGCAAUAACUGAAAGUGAAAAGCAUUUAUGAAGUGAAACCUGUUGGAUAAUAUAACGGUACCCAGCAAACAUAUAAUGAUGCACAAAAUAGGACUAACGUUCUGUUUAGCCGUUCUUGUUGCGUCUGGCAUUGUUCAAAGUGUAUCAAUAUUAGGGCCAAAAUUGUUAAGGCCCUACGGAAACUAUAAAAUAUCAAUAGCAGGAGGAUCCCGCGCACAUAAUCUUUAUGUUGCUAUAGAGGGAAAAAGAUCUACUGGAGAACCAUUUUCACAAGGAAGAGUAGUGCAAGUUCCAGCUGCGGCUUCUAGGCUUGUAGACCUCGAGAUUGGCGAUCCAGGACCGGGGCAAUAUAAACUGGUUGCCCGGUCUACGUCAGGUCCACUGUUUGCUUCAUCAGCACCUCUGAUCUACCAGCCGAGAAGUUUUUGCGUCUUCGUGCAGACAGAUAAACGAGUGUAUCAACCAAGAGAUACUGUGAACUUUAGAGUAAUAGCUUUAGACAAAUACCUGCUACCGUUAUCAGGGACGGUGGAUAUAAGCAUCUUGGAUACAGGCGGAUCUCCGGUCCGGCAGUGGGCAUCCGUUCCACUUGACAGAGGUCUGUUUGCUGAGGAAUUGUUGCUUGCAGACGAACCCGCGCUUGGGCAAUGGACUAUUCAAGUGGAGGCGCGUGGUCAAAAGUACUCCAGGCAGAUAAUGGUGGCUGACUAUGUGUUACCAAAGUUUCAAAUGGACAUUCAGAUGCCAAAAGAAAUACUAUUCAGUGAUGGACGAUUUUCUAUAAACGUAACUGCCAGACAUUUCAAUGGUCUCCCGGUGAAAGGUGAACUGACCAUAUCAGCGUACGCUGUAUUCUUCUCCGGGCUAUUGCAACCAGUAUUCUCUACUCCUUCCCGAAAAGUAGUCGACUUCAAUGGUCAGGCGAAUGUCGUUUAUGAUCUCAAGACAGACCUGGAUCUGGCUGAAGACGCCGCAAGACCUUUAGUUGUAGAAGCAGUGCUAGAAGAAAAAAACACGCUAAUUAAACAAAAUAUUUCAUCUAGAAUUCUACUUCUACGGACUCCUUACAGACUUAAGGUCACAGCUCCGGACCGAUUCAAACCCACUCUGCCUUACAAUGUCCAGAUAGAAUUAGUAAACUCAACUGGUCACACAAUAAAUACGACUGGCGAUAUUACUGUUGCAAGGCAAUGGGAUGAUGGAGCUCCCGUUAAUACUACAACAGUGAAAUUAAAUAAAGGUUUCGCAAAAUAUAUGUACACACCAGACGUGGCUCAUACGAACUCCACGCUUAAUCUUGUAGUGAAGUAUAAAGAAAUAUCAGAGAGAGUUGUAAAUGUACAAAAGAGUAUUGAAAAGGGUGGACAAUACUUAAUAGUCGAAAUGCUUACCCGUGAUACAAGAGUAGGUGAUGAAAUGCGUGCUCAGAUUUCCGCAACAGAGCCAAUGGAUCUCGUUCACUAUGUAAUUAUUGGAAGAGGUGAUAUUCUUGCAGCGAAGACUUUGGAAUUAAGUCCAGCACGACGCAGCGUAGACGUAUCAGUGCCUGUAACAGCAGACAUGGCGCCUGGUUGCAUACUGCUUGCUUGGUACCCGCGUUUGGCUGGAGAUAAUGUACUAUCUGCAGCAGUAUAUGCUCCACAAAGGGAAAUGUUGCAACAUAAGAUAUCCGUGACCUCAGCAUCAUCAGGUUCACUGCUUCGACCUAACGGUCUAGUGGAAUUUCGUGUUUCGGGUGAGGCCGGUUCACAAGCUGCUCUGCUAGGCGGUGACGAUAACGCUAUCCUUACAGGACUAACGCGAGAAAAUGGAUUGGGCAGCGGACUUGAUAUGUACACGAUCGAACGAGAAGUGGAAAGCUUCACUGGCUUAAAACACUCUCUAUUCAAAAACGAAGACCAUUUGCCGAGCUUGGGUCUGGAUUUGGGAGGACGAAAUUCUUCGGAUGUGUUCAGUAAUGCAGGAAUGGUCCUUUUAACGGAUGGUCUGGUCAUUGCAAGUAAUAAGCUAGCAGAAGUGUCAGAACCAGAGACAGGUACUAGAGCACCCCAGGCAGGUCCUUAUGCAUUCAGUCGUGUACCAUCACCACCAUCUCCGCGCUACUAUCUUACGCGCACACUAUCACCACACGUCACCUGGAUGUUCACCAAUUUCACUAUUGGCAAUGACGGCGUUGGAACCCGGGAGCGCUGGUCACCAGUUACUCCUGGUGAAUGGACCGUGGGGGCUUUUGCCGUGCAUCCCACUUUAGGAUUGGGUAUUGCUGAGCCCCGCAAAGUUGCCACCGCUCUUCCCAUUUCCCUUACCGCAGAGCUACCAGACACUUUGCAAAAGGGGGAAACUCUGGCGGUAAUUGUUACUUUGAAAAGCACACUCACUGUUGACACGUCGAUUGAAGUAACUUUCCAUAACUCCGAACAGUUCUACGAAUUCGAACCGCUCGAAAAUAGCAUCGACUCCGCUAAAAAAAUCGAAUUGUUCCGUCGAUUGCGCGUGAUUGUGCCAGCUCGAAGCUCCAAAAGUACAGCUUUCUUGGUGACUUCUGUACGCAGUGGCGAAGCGCCUAUUAUCAUCGAAGCCAACGGCAACGGCGUCUCCGCAUCCCUGUUCCGCACCAUUGAUGUUAAGAAUGGUUACGAAGAAAAAAUUUGGUCAUGGGCACUUCUGGAUGGCCGUCGCGGUGUAGCGCGAACCAACGUAACGUUAACUCCCGCUGCUGGUACUAAAAUUGGAGCCGUAUCACUAGAAGCCACCGGUGAUUUGUUAGCCAACGCCUUAAGAGCAAUAAAAUCACCGUCUACCGUUGCUGCAGAUGCUUACUAUGCUUUGCGGCCAUUAGCGCGAGCUUGCAUCUUACUGGACUAUCUCCAGGCAACAGAUCAAGACGACGAAGUGACAAUAGUAAAGGAUGCACGUUUGCAAGCCUCCACAGGCUAUCAGCGACUUAUGGCUUUCCGUCGACCGGAUGGUUCAUUUGCAGCAGAGACCGGUGACGAUGCUGAAUCUGAUGUAUGGAUGACGUCAAUCGCAGCACGGUGGCUGAGCCGCUCAUCUCGGUAUGUAGAAGUAUCUCCGGAAGCCACCAUGGCUGCUGCGAGAUGGUUGAUCAACUCGCAAAAAUCCGAUGGCAGUUGGCAAACUCCAUCCUCAAUGCAGAAAAACGACCCGCGAGCACAAACUGUUGUUCCGCUGACUGCCUACGCUUUACUGGCUUUACAGGAGACCAAGAGCAACGAAGUCCUAUACAAGAACGCGAUGAACAAAGCCCUGGACUUCCUCGCGAAGAAUCUAUCACCUGAUCUAGAUGCGUAUUCACUGGCACUUUUGAGCAGCGCACUGGCCGCAGCCCGACACCCACAAGCCACCCAAGCAUUGCAGAUCAUGGACAAAUACGCUAACACUUCGGAUGUUUCUACAUUGUACUGGUCCCGAAGAAUUUCUGGUGCAGAAUGGAAAAACCCAUGGUUGAAAGGAAAUAGUCUAGAAGCUUCCACUACGGCGUGGGGUCUACGAGCUAUGUUAGCAUCUAGCCUUUUGGAAGAAGCGGUUCCUGUCGCUCGUUAUUUACUGCAAGCUCUAGGCCCUGUAGAUCAAGACCCUGAUGUCUUGGAUGCGCUGGCGCAAUUUGCUGAAACGAUAAAGACAACAAACAAAUUGAGAGUAGCUGUAACUGUUGCAAGCUUUGAAGAACCACGCCAGUUUAAUAUUGAUAACGACAACGCCCUAAUCAUACAAACACAAUUGGUUCGCAAUGCACUUAAUGCAAGUGCAGUGACCGAGGGUCGAGGUGUCGCAAUGGUCGGGCUGGCGGCAAAGGGCAGUACCAAUGUGACAGCCGCCUGGCCGCGGUACACUCUUGAUCCCAGGGUAGACCAGGUGUCCACUAGGGAACGUCUUCAGCUCUCCAUUUGCAUCGGGUUUGUUCCUAUUGCCAACGAAACUGAAAGUGGACUGACCCUACUUACUGUACAGUUACCAUCGGGAUAUUUAGCGGACCUGAACACAAUCACCGAGUUAACGGCGGCACGACACGUGGUAGGCGCUAGAGUGAUGGCGGGAGGAGCACAAGUGGUGGCCUGGCUGCGCGCAAGUGUUGCCGAGCGUUGCGCCACCCUCGCGGCGCCGCGUGCGUUACCCGUGGCCCGACAACGCCCUGCGUGGGUCACUCUUACCGACCUCUACGACUCUAGCCAUCGCGCCCGCGUGUUUUACCAAGUGUCGCAAAGCACGGCUUGCGACGUGUGUCGGGAGUGGGAAUCCUGCGCAAGCGCAUGCGGGUCCACGGAGAGGCAAGUGAAUCCUACAACCACGCCUUCGCCACCCAAUGCCGCGACCGUUACAGAGUUAGCGUUCGCGCUUUCACUAACCGUGGCCAUCAUACUGUUGAUACGAUGAAUGUUUAUAACAACAUUUACACUAGAAACCAUGUCUUUAAUUUAACUAAUAAAUUAUAAUAUAUUUUUCUUUACAUAAUUAAGUAUAAUAAAAUACGUAAACCAA